AUGCAUUUGACACUUUCGGCUGCUGUCCACUCUGUCGGCAAGGUCGGAUGGAAUAAGCGAGUCUCAGAAACUCUAGCUCGAGCUGGACAUGAUGUGACCGUUGUGCUGAUUCAGACUUUAGAAGGCGCUGAUAAGGAUGUCAGUUUUGGAUCCGAAGUGAAAGUGCUACCAGUUAAUGCCUCAUCAGGUUUCACCAAGGACGAGUUUGAGGGGUUCAUGAAAGACAGUGUCUUUGGA